AUGCCACUACUUUUAGAGUUGGUUAUCUUUAUCUUGAUGUGCUGUUGUCGCAACCUUUCUGCCACAUCGAAUCAUCGCCAGUGUCAUUUUAACCAGAUCGAGCACUACCUAAACUGUAGCUCCAAACGACUGCAAUACGUGCCUAGCGAAGAAUUUUCUUCCGAUAUCCUCGGCAUUGACCUUAGUUCAAACAAGAUAACGAAGGUACAAAAUUGGACAUUUUCAAACGUACCAGCAUUGGUAUUCCUGGACCUUUCCAGUAAUUUGAUCCACACUAUUGAAUCGACAGCCUUUGAUGGUCUCUCGAAGCUUUUGUCUUUGAACAUAUCCAACAACCAAUUUUAUCUCAGCGUCUUUAAAGCCAAACUGUUUGAGCCUCUUGUGAGCUUGAAGGAAAUAAGGCUACAUAAAUAUCUGAAAUCAAAGAGCACGCAAGAGUGGGAAAAUAUAGAUGAAGCUUUUGGAAAACUGAAAAACCUUACAAGGCUCUAUAUGGACUUUCCCCCUGAUUUCAGAUUUGGUGACGGAUUUGGGAAUCUCACAAAACUGAUUGCUAUUUCUACAUCGAAUGACUUAUCAGAGCAAAGCCAUUGUGAUAUUAGAUCUAUUCACAACACAACAUUUGAAGUUUUUAGAAACACAUCAUUAAGGGAGUUGCGUCUCUUUCAGUGUAACAUUUCCUCUUUUGACAUUGCCUCUUUUGAGCCUUUAUCGUCUUUAGAAGUCUUGGACCUUUCCUAUAAUAUGAACGCUGGGUUACUAGCUGGUUACAACUCUCUCUACGGGCUACAAGGUCGCAAUAUGUCAGAAAUUAAAUUAGGGCUGCUGAAUAAUUUUACAAAUUUCUUGUAUGCUUUUUUGCUAGCUCCCUCUCUGAAACACAUAGAUAUUAGUCAUGGCUACAGUUUUCCUGAAUCACGAGGGUACCACAUACCGAAGGCGCUGUCACUCAACUAUUCACUAGCGGUGCCACUGCCACCGAAUUUGGAAACGCUGAACAUCAGUAGUUUUGGAAUUUGGUUUUACGUUAACUUAAAAUCCAAAUUUAUCUUUGCGUCCAAACUGAGAUAUCUAGUAUCUUCGUACGUCAACCUUGACAACUGUGAUGGUCAGAGCGUCUUUGGGAUGGACAACCUUACUCAUCUAGACAUCUCGGGAAUUCUUUGCGAAGCGAUUUCCCCUGAAUACUUCCGCAGUUUUCCACAUCUCGUCCAACUUUCACUUUCCAAUUCCCCAUAUAUCAAGACGGCCCUAAUGACUCAAACGCCAUUUGUUUUACUCGAGGAAUUGGAGGAAAUCGACUUAUCGGGUAAUAAAUUGAUUGGUUUGCAUCCACGAUUAUUUGAGCAGAACAAACGCCUUCGUAAAAUAAAUUUGGCCAACAACAAAUUCCAGGCUCUGCCCACCACACUUUCCAGCAUUGUCAUUCUCCAACAGUUGGACUUGUCCGCCAAUGUCUUUACGGAUUUAAGUGAAGAAGAGAUGAAGAUCUUUGACCGAUGGAUGAUUAGAAAUGACAAAGGCAAAUCGUUCAGUCUUCUGUUUGCAGGAAACAAUCUCCAGUGUACCUGCGAAACGGUCCUGUUCAUUCACUGGCUUCAUGAAAGACGAAACAAUAUCGAUUAUCAAAGAGAUUAUGACUGUUUCCUUUCUAACGGCUCCCGUACGUCUGUUCAUAGAUUCGCAAAGCAUCUAACCAACUUUGAGGUGAAGUGUGUCAGUGAAACCUAUCUUGUCAUAUCGGUAGUCAGCAGCUUGACAUUAGUACUCUUGGUACUUUUGCUGGCAGCCACAUACCGUUACAGAUCAAACCUAAGAUACUGGCUGUAUACACGCCUCCAGCCGCCCGAAAACAUGUUCUCCAGUGGACUGGAAUAUGUUUACGAUGCCUUUGUGGCCUACUCCUCUGUCGACUACGACUGGAUCUAUGGCCAGUUGCGCCCAAAUCUCCAAGGGACAGACGACGACCCUAUUCGCCUAUGCAUCCACGACAGGGACUUCACCCCCGGGAAGCCGAUCCAUGAGAACAUUGUUGACACAAUUCGGAAAAGCCGAAAAAUUCUUUUGGUCAUCAGCAAAGGAUUUCUGGAGUCUCGAUACGGACCUCUGGAAAUCGAAUACGCAGGUAUGAAAUCUCUUGACGAAGGCAAGGACAAUAUUAUACUGUGUGUGUUAAUGGAAGACAUCCCAGUUCGGCGGAUGCCAAAGGCUCUGAGAAACCUCUGGCACAAAAUUACUUUUCUCAAAUGGACCAGUAACCCAGAGGAACAAACCAUUUUCUGGCGAAACCUAAAAUCCGCUUUAAAUUCAUGUUGAAAUUGUUCUCGUUGCCACAUAUGUAGUGGUUAUUUUAUCAUAUACGGAAAAUGGGCUAAAUUUCCCCCUAUGUUGCACAUUUCACCAGAUUCCGAGAGUCCUAGAGAUCUUAGAAUGGUGAUUAGAGGUUU